UUCUAACAGAGCAGAUUUGUAUUGGACAAUCUCCAUGGUGACUCCAAACCAGUGGGAAAUCUUUGACGGAUGUGCAGCAACAAAAACAGGAUCUGGAAGAAAGGAAUGGUGUGUAGAGAAAAUGCCAAGUAAAGCUCAAGAGGAUGCUGUGAUCAAUAUGAAGUCUAUACAGGAUAUUUCAAAACAGCUGGGCUUUGAGUGGCCAGUUCUUGCAUAUGAACUGGGCUUCACAAGACCUGAAGUCAGCCAGUUUCAUGCCACAUCUAAGGAGAAGAGGGAUCAGGCCAAGAGCAUGUUGGAAUCCUGGUAUGAGAGGUCUUGGGAUAAGCCUAAUAAGACUAAAGUGCUGCAGGAUGGACUGGAGCGUGCCGGCCGUAGAGACCUGGCUGAGAGGCUGCGCUGUCUUCACUGGGGCCACCAGAAACUCAGCCGCAGGGUCGAGCUGCCUUCUGCAUUCCCCUUUCUCAUAACUGUCCACAAGACUAUAGAUAACAAAGAGGCCCUGAGUAGAAUUAAUGAGCUUAAUCGCAGUUUCAACUAAAAUUUUUGCUGGGGAAGAAUAAUAUAUACUUAAAUUAUCAUAUGACAUGGAUCCUCAACUCCAGUUGUGGAGGACCAGUAUCCAGCACUGUUUGUAAUUCACAAUCACAUCAACAUACACAGAGACCCUGGUGAUGAACAGAUUAGUUGAAUCAUAGAGUUUGAUCAUAACCAAACUGGGUUGGACACUGGGCCUCCUGGAUUUCAAGAUCCCUCAUAUAUUCUGAAUAUUCCAAACAUAAAUUAACUGGAUUUAUCAUACUGAAAACGCUUUUGAAAAACAAUACCUGAGUUAUUAUUUUUUUUAUUGAAGGACAUUAAAAAUAAUGGAUUUUACACUGAUGCACAGUUGUAAUGCUUUUAUGCUAUUUAAGUAAACAGACCUGCAUUAGUCUACUAAAAGUAAUACCCCAGGACAUCUGGUAACUUACACCCCAGUUAGACGCCAUGAUUUUAUUAGAUUUUUAAUCCCAAUUAACUAACUGAGCAAGUAAACAAACAAUUUAAACAGCAAGAGAGAUAUGCAGUAAAUGAUAGAACAGCCUUGGGUAGAGUCAACCAAACCCGCUGACGCAGCGCUCAGUGUGUGCAGCCAAUCAACGCCCUCUGCUUCCAUGUUGGCUGCGUUGCCAGGUUUGUGAAUUUGCCUUAAAUUGCGGGUGGUUGAAAUGAAGUGGGCUGACGUCAGAUUAUUUCUGCCAGAAAUAAUGGCCAAAUACGCUACCUCAAAAC